AUGGCAAAAGUUGUGCCAAAAUCACGAAGACGUGCUGUCUUCGAAGAAGCACACGCAGGUGUGCUGGCAGGGCACUUUAACGCCCGCAAAAUCUUCCAGAGGCUCAGAAAAGAAGUAUUCUGGGAAGGAAUGCGUCAAGACAUCACUUUGUGGUGCAAGCAGUGCCGUGAAUGUUUCCUGACGAACAACAAGAAAGACUGUAGGCUCAGAAAAGAAGUAUUCUGGGAAGGAAUGCGUCAAGACAUCACUUUGUGGUGCAAGCAGUGCCGUGACUGUUUCCUGACGAACAACAAGAAAGACUGUGUUCCCCCGCUAUAG